GGUAUAUAUAAGGCAGAUGCGCGAAUUCUGGAACAUUGUGAGAUCAAGAUUUGCUACUGGUAGUAGUGAAACUAAGUGAAACGCACGCAUGAUAGUCACACAACGAAUAUGAAAGUGCUUGGCGCCCUCGUCUUAGCGGUGCUGAUCGGUGCCGCUUUUGCUGCUCCUCGUUGGGAGGAGAUACAAGAAAAAAUACAAAGAAAAAUUGCCAGUGUAACGGACAGUGAAAUCCAAGCAUGGAAAGAAAAUCCCUCUGCACUGAAAGAAUUAUACAAGAGUAAAUAUGCCGAGUUGCGAGAAGCCCAUGAAAACCAUAGCGACAAGGAUGAUGAUGACGACGAUGAUGACGACGACGACGAUGACGAUAAAGAAAACCAGUCUCCGGAGCAAUCUGACGAUUCUAAGGAGAAACUGAACGCCUCUGAAAUCCGACAUUGGAUCAAAAGCCAGUGGGAAAUAUCCCGGAAACAGGACUCUACCGAAGACUCUAAACAAUCUGCUGAAAAAGAAGAACCAAAAUCAAUUGAGGAACCGGAUACCGUGGAAGAUGCGUCCGAAGAGCGAAGUCGAGAAUUGCGGAAAGAAGUUGCAUUGUCUAGACAGAAUCCGAUAGCUCAUUGGCAAAGCCGUAUUGAAGCUGCUAAACGUCAUAGCGAGGCAGCGGCAAGAGCAGAAAUCGCUCGACAACAAGCUCAACGUCCUGAUGGGAGAACUGUAGCUGAGAACGGUCGGCUCAGAGCUAUCAAUGCCAGGGUGACGGAAUUGAACAAUGCAGCAUCCCUCCUCAAAUCGAUUCCAACGACUCACUGGCAAGCUCGACCCCACGUAGUAUCGACAGCUGUCUCAGCAAAUGGUGACGGGUCCGUAGCAAAUUCCGAACCAGCGAUCACCAAUCCGAAAAAAUUAAUCAUAUCUCAGUCGCAACCAACAUCGAAAACACUAGAAAGCACCAGUGAUUUUGUCCCUACAUGGUCGAGUUGGAGGAAAUCUUCGACAGGAAGGGAUUCAACAAGUUUCGUUGCUGAUUUAAGUGCCGCUACAUCUUCAGCUGCAUCACCAAGUAAUGAUGGGACCCCAACUUACGCAUUUCGACCGAUAAGUGCUGCAACAAAUCUCGGAUCUCCAGCUUCUUCAUUUCCAGCUGGUUCCAAAAAUAGAAGUUGGAGAUUAGAUGGAACAGCUUCACGAUCUCCAACCGUAGUGACUGAUGUACGCCCUACAUUUUCUGCAACAAGAGUUACUCCUGGAGAAUCUGCAAGUACAAGUUCCGGUGCCUCGGCAGCUCCAUCUGCACUCGCAAUCGCUAGUGCUGGAUCUUCAGCGUCUGCAUCACCAGUAAUUCCUGUGCGAUCUACCAGUUUAGAUUUCGUUGCCUCCGAAUCCCAAUCUGCAACUGUAGUCGCUGAUAUUGGAUCCGCAUCUGCAGCACCAGCUCUCACCGUAGGAUCAAGCUCGAAUUCAUUCGCCACUGCUUCUCCAUCUGCAUCUAUAGUUGCUGAUGUUGGAUCCGCAUCUGCAUCGCCAGCUUUCACCGUGGGAUCAAGUUCGAAUUCAUUCGCCACGGCUUCUCCAUCUGCAACCGUGGUCGCUAAUGUUGGAUCCACAUCUGCAUCGCCAGCUCUGACCGUAGGAUCUAGCUCGAAUUCAUUCGCUACUGCUUCUCCGUCUGCAUCUAUAGUUGCUGAUGUUGGAUCAGCAUCUGCAUCGCCAGCUUUCACCGUGAAAUCAAGUUCGAAUUCAUUCGCCACGGCUUCUCCAUCUGCAACCGUGGUCGCUAAUGUUGGAUCCGCCGCAUCUGCGUCACCAGCUAUCACGGGAGCAUCAAGUUCAAAUUCGGUUGCCGCUACUUCAUCAUCAGCAACCGUAGUCACUGGUAUAAGAUCUUCAUCCGCAUCCCCAGUUGUCAUAGGAAAAUCGAGUUCAAAUUCAUUCGCCACGGCUUCUCCAUCUGCAACCGUAAUCGCUAAUGUUGGAUCCGCAUCUGCAUCGCCAGCUCUGACCGUAGGAUCAAACUCAAAUUCAUUCGCUACUGCUUCUCCAUCUGCAUCUAUAGUUGCUGAUGUUGGAUCAGUAUCUGCAUCACCAGCUUUCACCGUGGGAUCAAGUUCAAAUUCAUUCGCCACUGCUGCUCCAUCUGCAACCGUGGUCGCUAAUGUUGGAUCCGCAUCUGCAUCACCAGCUUGGACCGUAGGAUCGAGCUCAAAUUCGUUUGCCAUUGCUUCCCCAUCUGCCACCGUAGUAGCUGAUGUUGGAUUCGGAUCUGCAUCACCAGCUCUGACCGUGGGAUCAAGUUCAAAUUCAGUUGCUGCUGCUUCUCCAUCAGCGACUGUAGUAGCUGAAGUUGGAUCCGCCUCUGCAUCUCCAGCUGUUGCCGGAGAGUCUAGUUCGCAUUCAAUUGCUGCUGCUUCCCCAUCUGCCACCGUAGUAGCUGAUAUUGCCUCUCCAUCUGCAACUCCAGCUGUUGCCGGAGAGUCAAGUUCACAGUCGGUUGCUGCUGCUUCUCCAUCAGCGACCGUAGUAGCUGAAGUUGGAUCCGCCUCUGCAUCUCCAGCUGUUGCCGGAGAAUCAAGUUCGAAUUCAGUUGCUGCUGCAUCUCCAUCAGCGACCGUAGUAGCUGAAGUUGGAUCCGCAUCCGCAUCUCCAGCUGUUGCCGGAGAGUCCAGUUCGAAUUCAGUUGCUGCUGCUUCCCCAUCUGCCACCGUAGUAGCUGAUGUUGCCUCUCCAUCUGCAACUCCAGCUGUUGCCGGAGAGUCAAGUUCGAAUUCAGUUGCUGCUGCUUCCCCAUCUGCCACCGUAGUAGCUGAUGUUGCCUCUCCAUCUGCAACUCCAGCUGUUGCCGGAGAGUCAAGUUCAAAUUCAGUUGCUGCUGCAUCUCCAUCAGCGACUGUAGUAGCUGAAGUUGGAUCCGUCUCUGCAUCUCCAGCUGUUGCCGGAGAAUCAAGUUCGAAUUCAGUUGCUGCUGCUUCCCCAUCUGCCACCGUAGUAGCUGAUGUUGCCUCUCCAUCUGCAACUCCAGCUGUUGCCGGAGAAUCAAGUUCGAAUUCAGUUGCUGCUGCAUCUCCAUCAGCGACUGUAGUAGCUGAAAUUGGAUCCGCAUCCGCAUCUCCAGCUGUUGCCGGAGAGUCCAGUUCGAAUUCAGUUGCUGCUGCAUCUCCAUCAGCGACUGUAGUAGCUGAAGUUGGAUCCGUCUCUGCAUCUCCAGCUGUUGCCGGAGAAUCAAGUUCGAAUUCAGUUGCUGCUGCUUCCCCAUCUGCCACCGUAGUAGCUGAAAUUGGAUCCGCAUCCGCAUCUCCAGCUGUUGCCGGAGAAUCAAGUUCGAAUUCAGUUGCUGCUGCAUCUCCAUCAGCGACUGUAGUAGCUGAAGUUGGAUCCGUCUCUGCAUCUCCAGCUGUUGCCGGAGAAUCAAGUUCGAAUUCAGUUGCUGCUGCUUCCCCAUCUGCCACCGUAGUAGCUGAAAUUGGAUCCGCAUCCGCAUCUCCAGCUGUUGCCGGAGAAUCAAGUUCGAAUUCAGUUGCUGCUGCAUCUCCAUCAGCGACCGUAGUAGCUGAAGUUGGAUCCGCAUCCGCAUCUCCAGCUGUUGCCGGAGAGUCCAGUUCGAAUUCAGUUGCUGCUGCUUCCCCAUCUGCCACCGUAGUAGCUGAUGUUGCCUCUCCAUCUGCAACUCCAGCUGUUGCCGGAGAAUCAAGUUCGAAUUCAGUUGCUGCUGCAUCUCCAUCAGCGACUGUAGUAGCUGAAAUUGGAUCCGCAUUCGCAUCUCCAGCUGUUGCCGGAGAGUCCAGUUCGAAUUCAGUUGCUGCUGCUUCCCCAUCUGCCACCGUAGUAGCUGAAGUUGGAUCCGCAUCCGCAUCUCCAGCUGUUGCCGGAGAGUCCAGUUCGAAUUCAGUUGCUGCUGCUUCCCCAUCUGCCACCGUAGUAGCUGAUGUUGCCUCUCCAUCUGCAACUCCAGCUGUUGCCGGAGAAUCAAGUUCGAAUUCAGUUGCUGCUGCUGCCCCAUCUGCCACCGUAGUAGCUGAAGUUGGAUCCGCCUCUGCAUCUCCAGCUGUUGCCGGAGAAUCAAGUUCGAAUUCAGUUGCUGCUGCUUUCCCAUCUGCCACCGUAGUAGCUGAUGUUGCCUCUCCAUCUGCAACUCCAGCUGUUGCCGGAGAGUCAAGUUCGAAUUCAGUUGCUGCUGCAUCUCCAUCAGCGACUGUAGUAGCUGAAGUUGGAUCCGUCUCUGCAUCUCCAGCUGUUGCCGGAGAAUCAAGUUCGAAUUCAGUUGCUGCUGCUUCCCCAUCUGCCACCGUAGUAGCUGAAAUUGGAUCCGCAUCCGCAUCUCCAGCUGUUGCCGGAGAAUCAAGUUCGAAUUCAGUUGCUGCUGCAUCUCCAUCAGCGACUGUAGUAGCUGAAGUUGGAUCCGUCUCUGCAUCUCCAGCUGUUGCCGGAGAAUCAAGUUCGAAUUCAGUUGCUGCUGCUUCCCCAUCUGCCACCGUAGUAGCUGAAAUUGGAUCCGCAUCCGCAUCUCCAGCUGUUGCCGGAGAAUCAAGUUCGAAUUCAGUUGCUGCUGCAUCUCCAUCAGCGACCGUAGUAGCUGAAGUUGGAUCCGCAUCCGCAUCUCCAGCUGUUGCCGGAGAGUCCAGUUCGAAUUCAGUUGCUGCUGCUUCCCCAUCUGCCACCGUAGUAGCUGAUGUUGCCUCUCCAUCUGCAACUCCAGCUGUUGCCGGAGAAUCAAGUUCGAAUUCAGUUGCUGCUGCAUCUCCAUCAGCGACUGUAGUAGCUGAAAUUGGAUCCGCAUCCGCAUCUCCAGCUGUUGCCGGAGAGUCCAGUUCGAAUUCAGUUGCUGCUGCUUCCCCAUCUGCCACCGUAGUAGCUGAAGUUGGAUCCGCAUCCGCAUCUCCAGCUGUUGCCGGAGAGUCCAGUUCGAAUUCAGUUGCUGCUGCUUCCCCAUCUGCCACCGUAGUAGCUGAUGUUGCCUCUCCAUCUGCAACUCCAGCUGUUGCCGGAGAAUCAAGUUCGAAUUCAGUUGCUGCUGCUGCCCCAUCUGCCACCGUAGUAGCUGAAGUUGGAUCCGCCUCUGCAUCUCCAGCUGUUGCCGGAGAAUCAAGUUCGAAUUCAGUUGCUGCUGCUUUCCCAUCUGCCACCGUAGUAGCUGAUGUUGCCUCUCCACCUGCAACUCCAGCUGUUGCCGGAGAGUCAAGUUCGAAUUCAGUUGCUGCUGCAUCUCCAUCAGCGACCCUAGUAGCUGAAGUUGCCUCUCCAUCCGCAUCUCCAGCUGUUGCCGGAGAGUCAAGUUCGAAUUCAGUUGCUGCUGCUUCCCCAUCUGCCACCGUAGUAGCUGAUGUUGCCUCUCCAUCUGCAACUCCAGCUGUUGCCGAAGAGUCAAGUUCGAAUUCAGUUGCUGCUGCUUCCCCAUCUGCCACCGUAGUAGCUGAUGUUGCCUCUCCAUCUGCAACUCCAGCUGUUGCCGGAGAGUCAAGUUCAAAUUCAGUUGCUGCUGCUUCCCCAUCUGCCACCGUAGUAGCUGAAGUUGGAUCCGCCUCUGCAUCUCCAGCUGUUGCCGGAGAAUCAAGUUCGAAUUCAGUUGCUGCUGCUUCCCCAUCUGCCACCGUAGUAGCUGAUGUUGCCUCUCCAUCUGCAACUCCAGCUGUUGCCGGAGAGUCCAGUUCGAAUUCAGUUGCUGCUGCUUCCCCAUCUGCCACCGUAGUAGCUGAUGUUGCCUCUCCAUCUGCAACUCCAGCUGUUGCCGGAGAGUCAAGUUCGAAUUCAGUUGCUGCUGCAUCUCCAUCAGCGACCCUAGUAGCUGAAGUUGCCUCUCCAUCUGCAACUCCAGCUGUUGCCGGAGAGUCAAGUUCGAAUUCAGUUGCUGCUGCUUCCCCAUCUGCCACCGUAGUAGCUGAUGUUGCCUCUCCAUCUGCAACUCCAGCUGUUGCCGGAGAGUCAAGUUCGAAUUCAGUUGCUGCUGCUUCCCCAUCUGCCACCGUAGUAGCUGAAGUUGCCUCUCCAUCUGCAACUCCAGCUGUUGCCGGAGAGUCAAGUUCGAAUUCAGUUGCUGCUGCUUCCCCAUCUGCCACCGUAGUAGCUGAUGUUGCCUCUCCAUCUGCAACUCCAGCUGUUGCCGGAGAGUCAAGUUCGAAUUCAGUUGCUGCUGCAUCUCCAUCAGCGACUGCAGUAACCGUCAUUUCACCUGAACCAAUCUCUGAAUCCGUCUCUACUGUAGUCACUGUCGUUCCCGCUGAACCAAUUGCUGACGCUGCCUCCACUGCAGUUGAUGUCGUUGCCGCUGAACCAAUUGCUGACGCUGCCUCCACUGGAAUCACUGUCGUUGCCGCUGAACCAAUUGCUGAUGCCACCUCUACCGGUAUCACUGUUGUCGCCGCUGAACCAAUUGCUGACGCUGCCUCCACUGCAGUUGAUGUCGUUGCCGCCGAACCAAUUGCUGACGCUGCCUCUACUGCAGUUGAUGUCGUUGCCGCUGAACCAAUUGCUGACGCUGCCUCUACCGGUGUCACUGUCGUCGCCGCUGAACCAAUUGCUGAUGCUGCCUCCACUGGAGUCACUGUCGUAGCCGCUGAACCAAUUGCUGACGCUGCCUCUACUGCAGUUGAUGUCGUUGCUGCUGAACCAAUUGCUGACGCUGCCUCCACUGGAGUCACUGUCGUUGCCGCUGAACCAAUUGCUGACGCUGCCUCCGCUGGAGUCACUGUCGUAGCCGCUGAACCAAUUGCUGACACUGCCUCCACUGGAAUCACUGUCGUUGCCGCUGAACCAAUUGCUGACGCUGCCUCCGCUGGAGUCACUGUCGUAGCCGCUGAACCAAUUGCUGACGCUGCCUCCGCUGGAGUCACUGUCGUAGCCGCUGAACCAAUUGCUGAUGCCACCUCUACCGGUAUCACUGUUGUCGCCGCUGAACCAAUUGCUGACGCUGCCUCCACUGGAGUCACUGUCGUUGCCGCUGAACCAAUUGCUGACACUGCCUCCACUGCAGUUGAUGUCGUUGCCGCUGAACUAAUUGCUGACGCUGCCUCCACUGGAGUCACUGUCGUUGCCCCUGAACCAAUUGCUGAUGCCACCUCUACCGGAGUCACUGUUGUCGCCGCUGAACCAAUCGCGGAAUCUGCCUCCACUGCAGUUGAUGUCGUUGCCGCUGAACCAAUUGCUGAUGCCGCCUCUACCGGAGUCACUGUUGUCGCCGCUGAACCAACUGCUGACGCUGCCUCCACUGGAGUCACUGUCGUUGCUGCUGAACCAAUCAUUGAACCUGCCUCUACUGGAGUCACUGAUAUUGCCGCUGAACAAAUCGCUGAACCUGCUUCCGCCGGAGUCACCGUUGCUGCCGUUGAACCAACUGUAGCACUUGUCACCCAGAAUGCAGUAGAAUCACUUCCCACUCCAGCCGCUGAAAUCGCAGGAAAUUCUGCAGCCAGCUCUAGCUCUUCCGUUGCUCAACCUGAUAUUCUCGGAAUAUCUUCUACGAACCUGAUAGUGUAACGGAAAGGAUCCCUGAAGCCUCAGUACCAGCAGGUCAAGUCUCAGCUCCAGAUACAAACAAGGCUAGCCUCGGAACAAGUCCAUCUAUGGCAGACUCCAAAUCCACACCUGAGGCACCAAGAUCAAACAUCAAUAGUCAGGACUCACAAAGAAAUUACAACUUCACAUGAUAUUGCAUAGGUCAAGUUUGAACAAAUAAUUAAACUGAACCAAAUAUAAUCAAAUUUGUUCGUAUCAAUCCUGGACUAUUUCCAAUAUCUGAAAACCCCCGACUUAACGACACCCGAAAUACUCAGAAUAUUUCUUUUUCUUGUUCAAUAGUAAUUAAAUAUCAUUUAUAAUUCCUGCUAUUUAUUUAUCGGUUCUAUCGUAAUGUAUAUGUUGUAUCAAUUAGAAUAAUAAAAGCAUGCUUCAUGUUA